AUGGCCGGUUUUCUAAUGAAACAAAUGGUUGGUAACCAAUUGAAUGAGGUUACCGGUGGAUUUGGAAAAAAUGAUGGAGAUGGCGAGAAAACUGAAACUGGAGAGGAUCCAGAAGUUGUAGCUGCAAGAUUGGAACAAGAAGAAAGAAGAAAAGAAAAACAUCGGAAAAUGGAAGCGGAAAGAGAAAAAAUGAGACAAGGAGUUAGAGAAAAAUACAAGUUAGUUUUGCAACAAAAUCUCAUUAAAAAGUUAAUGAAUUUAAUUUUGCAGUAUUAAAAAGAAGGAAGAGGGAUGUGCAAUGGAUUUCACAGAAGGUCGAAUUGGAGGACCACGUAAAACACCGGAAGAAAUUGCAGCUGAAAUGAAUGCGGAAGAUGAUAGUAUUAUUGGACAACUUGGACUCACUGAACAAGUUGAAAAAGCAAAAACAAUGGCGACUGGAGCAUUUGAAACAUUCAAAGGAUUCCUUCCAUUUGGUAAAUAAAUGUCACUUUUUUUGUAUUUUUCGCCAAAAUAUUUAUUCAUUUUCAUUUUUCAUAAGUAGGGGGAAUCUUCUCUGUAAUUAUAUUUAUUUUUGUUUAGAUCUCCUCUCUUUUUUUCACUUCCCAUUUGAUUUUAGAAAUGAAAAAACAACACUGAAUAUUUAGAUUAUGAUUAUAUUCUUCUUGGAAUAAAUUAUUCUUUUUCUUAUUUUGUUUUGUUGAUUUUAUGUUUCUACGAGUCUACGAUGUUUCCUCGAAUUCGUGAAAUGAAAACUACAGAAUAGUUUUCUAUAGAUCUACGAUGUCUGCAUCAAAACCAGUGUCACCACAUUUUCAGCAGGAAUUGGACAUCAGGAAAAAAAACAACUGUAUUUACUGAAUUGAUUAUGUCACAGUACCCGCAACGUCGUAGCAAAAUAAAUCCAGUAACAUUUCAAGCAAUACGAAAAUGUUGCGUUUUUGCCCAAGUACCCCGAAUUUCUACAGAUUUUUUGUAUUCAGCUUUCCGCCGUUUCAGAAAAAAAGUUACGAAAAGAGGGAAAUCAAGGCGAAAAACCUAUAAUCAUAGUUUUUUUAGUGUUUGGUGAAAAGUUUUUGAAGUUUUUAUUUUUGCUAUCUCUAUUCUCGAGGAUUUGCAACUUUUUGCUGCAAAGAUUGUGAAAUUUGGUGAAGUAUGAAGGAUUUUAGCAUUUUUUGUGAAAAAACUAAAAAUGGUUUUGGGGUUGCACAAAAUUCACAAACCGUCGUGUUGUCUGGCGUUCUCUCUUAUUCGUUUCUAUCUCUCAUUUUCUCUCAUUCUCUCUCCUCGUCUCUUCUAGACGCAACACUCUCUCGUUUAUUUUUUUUCAAUUCUGUUUUUUUUUUCAUGAAAUCAGGAAAUUUCACGUUUUUCACCAAUUAUGGGGAAACACCAAUUAUGAGAAGAUAGAGAAAGAUAAGGAAAAGCUAGAAAAUGAAAAUUACCCGCGUUUAUCAGAUCCGAAUUUUUGAGAAACAUCAUUUCAAUUUUUUAAUAAUAUCUCAGCAAUUGACUUUGUAGACUGACUGUAUAAAUUUCGUUGAUACUUUGUACGAAAACGGGGAAGAGAGAAUUGCACAUAAGUAACAUCCGUUUAUCUACAAAGUAGCUACAGAACAGCAACGGCGUAGCUACGGAUUCAAAAAUAAUAUAGAGCGGUCACUUCACUUCAUUUUUGUCCGCGAAUUGUGUAGCUACAGCGUAGAUACGCUACGUUUUCAUCUCUGAUUGUGCUGCGUAGCUACGAAUUUGAUGUUUUUCUACCAUUCAAUAAAAUCGCCCAGCGUACAAUUCGUAUAGAAAUAUUUUUUCCGGCUUUUUGUGACACCGGUGGUUCAUUCGCUGUAUUCGCACUUCUUCAAUUUGUACAGUAAGUUUACGGAGUCAAUUGCUGAGAUAAUUAUUGACUAGGGGGUGCCCCUAGGCGAAACAGUCAGAAAAUCCUCAAAAAUUCUAAAUUUUGAAGAAAACCCUAUUUUUCGCAGCUGAGCUGACGUGAUAAAAAAGAUUUCUUUAAAAAAAAGUUACGCCUGGGAAUACAAAUUGUGAAGUUUAAUGAGACAUAGAUUAUAAAAGAAAAAACAAUAAAUUCAAAACAAACUGGAAAUCACGUGCAUAAAACUAUGAAAAAAUUAAUUUAUCUAUGAAAUAUUUCAUAGUUUGUUUUUCAAUAAAAUCUGGAAGCUGAUCCUAUAGCUUCAAGUGUAAUUCAGAGCUUCAUCUAAUCAUUUAAACAUAGUUAUUUAUAAACAAUUUUCCUUUAACAUCAAUAGUAAUUAUGAAUUAAAAACUUUACCCAAUAUUUUUCAAUGAAGCUCAAAUCUCACCUGUUAGUUUUGUUUCCCCCCCCCCUCCCAACCUCAAAAUAAACUAACUUGACUGGCCCGUUCCGUGAAAAGUUGUUGAUCUCUUUGAAUGUCCUGUCCAAACAAAAAAUCUUCAUGUUCGGAAGCCUGAAACUUCGACAUUCUUUUUCUCAAAAUUUUCGCCUAUUCUUAAACUUACAUCAGAAAAUGACAAUUUAAUUGUGGAUUUGAUCGGACCUCUGCAUUCUGUGACUGUUGUCUCUAAAAAAAUAAGAAAAUUAAAAAAUGUGCCAAAUCACCCCAUUAACAACGAAAAUGAUUCAGUUCAAAAAAAAACAAAAUAAAAUAAACUAAACAACGUGCACGCGGAGUAUCGUUGUUUUUCUUUUAUUUUUUUUUGCACGACAUUUUUAUUUUUUGUUUUUUUUUUCUGGUUUUUGAGUGGUUUUUUUCAGCGCAGAAAAAGUUAUUAAUGGGGUGGUUUAGUACAUUUUUUUAAUAUUCUUAUUUUUUUUUUUAGAGACAACAGUCACAGAAUGCAGCGGUCCCAUCAAAUCCACAAUUGUCAUUUUUUGAUGUAAGUUUAAGCAUCCCAUCGAUAGGCGAAAUUUUGAGAAAAAGAAUGUAGAAGUUUCAGGCUUCCGAACAAGAAGAUGUUUCGUUUGGACAGGACAUUCGAAGAGAUCAACAACUUUUCACGGAACGGACCAGUCAAGUUAGUUUAUUUUGAGGUUUGGGGGGAGGGAAACAAAACUAACAGGUGAGAUUUGAGCUUCAUUAAAAAAUAUUGGGUAAAGUUUUUAAUUCAUAAUUACUUUUGAUGUUAGAGGAAAGUUGUUUAUAAAUAACUAUGUUCAAAUGAUUAGAUGAAGCUUUGAAUUGCACUUGAUGGUAUACGAUCAGCUUCCAGAUUUUAUUGAGAAACAAACUAUAAAAUAUUUCAUAGGUAGAAAGAUUUUUUCUAUUCCUGAUUAUCUGGGUCACGUGAAAUUCUGAUGAAUAUAUAUUUAUCGAAAAUGCCUCAUUUCUUAUCUACGCGUGGUGUAGUGGAUAAGAGCUCUAGAGAUCUGUCUUCUAUUCAAAAAAUCGCUGUUUUGUCCCUAUAUCCGGUAACGCAUAUUUUCGGAAAAAAUAUCCGCCGUUGUUAAAAAAAUUCGGAAAAAAUAUUUCUAUACGAAUUGUAAAUACACUGGGCGAUUUUAUUGAAUGGUAGAAUUUGCCUAACUGGUGCACUUUUUCAUGAUUUCAGUCUAAAAUUGAUUGGAAUUCAUUUGUUGAGCAUCUUUUGAAUAAUGUCUUCAAAAGAUACAAUUUUUUGAUCAACUUUUUUUUCAUUCAAAAACUUGUAAAUCUAGAAGAGCUUCCAGUUUUACAAAUCCAUAAUUUUCAAGCCAAAUUUCAUGAUUUCAGUCCAAAAUACAAAGUUUCCAUAAUUUCAAUUUGUCAAACUGUUUUUAUUAGAAACGGAAUUGUUGAACACUUUUGGCUUAUGUAAUAAUUUUCUUUGUUGGUAUUAUUUCCCAAAGUUAGAAAAACAUUUUCUGGUUAUCAAAAAGCACUCACAAAGCCUCUAACUUGAUACGACCUGGCCUGAACACGAAAGGCAUUUCAAAUCUCAGUGUAACUUUUUAUGUUCAAGUUUUCUGUGCAAACCCUCAAACAUCAACUCUUUUUUGCAACAUCAAUUGAUUUCAUGAGAAAUAUUAUGUGGUUGCAUUUUUCCGGUCAUUGACGUGCUUCUUUUCCUUUUUUUUCUGCUCAUUUCCAGUGCUCGUUUUUUCUUCUACACACAAUAAAUAAUCCGCUUUUUCUAUCUCCGUUCUCUUUUUCACAUGAACAUAAACGAAAUCAUGUGGUUUUCAUGUGGAUUUGCAAAAGCAUAGACAUUGGAUUUCGGACCUUGAACAUCGUAAUAUUACAUUUGAAAAAAUAGACUUUGAUAUAUUGAAACAACACAAAAAAUACGGGGGAGUAUUUUUUUUGAAAAAAAUAACAACUAUAUAAGAUAUUCGAUUCGAGUUUGAUCAAUUUUCAGAAGAAUUCGAGAAGUUUUUUAUUGUCAUAAAAAAGAAUAAAUUCUUGUUUUUAUAAAUAUUUGCCUUUUGUUCUAUCUUAAAUCUUGUUUUUCUAAUUUUUCUAAAUUUGUGUAGAUCAUUUGGAUUUUUUGAAAAAUAGUUAUUGUUAUUGUAAAUAAUACCACAAAUAUUUCCAGUUAAAAUCCAGAUACCUUUGAUCAUUAUUCACAAAAGAUUAUAUUCCUCGAAUAGAAAACAAAAAUCCUGUUUUAAUUUAACUUUCAAUGAAAACACCCCCCUAAUUCUUGUUUUGUUACAUUUUCUGAAUUUUUGUAGAUCAUCCAAGAUUUUUUGAUAAAUCACUUUCACAGUAUUUCAUAAGAUCCCGAACAUUUUAUUUUUAGAGUUGAAUUUCAAACAUCUCCAGAACAUGACAUAACUUGAUGAUUUCUGAAUAAUUUUCAGAAUAAAAAAUUCAUUGACGUCAUCAGGCUAUUCUCAUUCUUCUUUUAUCAAAAAAUAAUCUGAUUUAUCAUUUUUAUUCAAAUCUACGUAUAUUUUGUUCUGAUCUACGAUCGGAUGUUUUCAUUUCUUCUUUUUUUUGACAGCCAAAAAAACACAACAAAAACAAAGUUCUGUUUUCUCUGUGUUUUUUUUUCUUCGAAGAUUUUCACGUGAAUAACACGAGUCUGCGUCUCUUACUCUUUAUGUACAUUUUGUUCCAUUUGCGUGCGCAGGCUUUUUUGUCGUUUUCCUCCUUUUUUCUCCUCUUUCUCUCCUUAUUCUGCGGUUUUUUGAUGGCUUGUUCAUUUUUUCACUGACCAACCACAAUAAGAUUAAUUGUUUUGUUCAAAAAAUUAAUUCGAAUUUGUUGCAAGUAAGUUUUUUAUCAAUUUUACUGAUGAGAUGAACUUGAUAUUUUUUAUGUAGUGUACCUCAUAAAAAAUGAUAACCAUUUAAUUUUUCCGAAGUUCAAAUAAAUGACUCAUAAUUAAACAUAACUUAAGUCAUCCCCCACAAAUUCUUCGACAAGUAAUUGUUGCGAAAAUUUCGAAAGACAAAAAAUCCAAUUUCUCGGAAUAAUAAAUUUUUAGAAUUAGCUAAAUAAGUUAGUGGAUGUCUUCUUCUUUUUCCAAUUCCUAUGAAUGUUUCAUAAGCUCAAAAGCAUGAUCUUUUGAUCAAUUAGUGUUUUCGAAAUUCUGUCACUCCACUUUUUCAUUUUGUUCACAUGAACACAGUCAUUGUUCAUCUUCUUAUUAUUUCUCUCUAUUUACUCAUAUUUCACCGUUUCUUUUUUGUGUCACUCAAAGAACUCUUGCGUUUUUCUUACCAACACAAAGCACGAUUAUUUUUAUUUUCGAAUUCUGUGUUCGAACAUUGAUUUUUAAAAGUUCUCAAGAGAUUAGGAAGAUGAAAAGAAAUGGAGCAUUUCUGAAUAUUUUGGAAUUUUAUAAACUAUCGCGAUUUUUCUCGAAAACUUGUUAUUUGCAAUUAUUUUCAAAGCUUUCUGUUCUCGUAUGACAAUGAAUAAUUCCGUCGAUUUCGAAGAAGUUCUGAGCUUUUCAAAAAAUGGGUUCCCCGGGGGUGUCCUGAACUUUGAGAUAAACCUGAAAAUAUCUUACCCUUUCUCUCUCAAACAUUUAUUCUAAAUUUCAAAUUAAAUCCCCACGUGGUUCAAAUUAAUUUUCGUUUUCGAAUGACUAAACUUUUAGAAUAAUUAAAAGUUGUUUUUGUUUUUUACUCUCAUUGGUCACGCGCCUUUCCAUUUUCUCCCUAAUAAAUGAAAUAAACAUUUUUUUGAUCUUUUGCAAUAUAUUCCAAUCUAGAAUCACAUGAAUGAUUGCAUUAUGGUUGAUUAGAAUGAUUACUGUAGAUUGAAGAACAUCCGGUGUCUUUGAAAAAAAAAACAAGAUCAGGCCAUUUGUUUUGCUUUUUUUUCGUUGUAGUUCUCACGGACAAACUCAUGAUUUCAAUGAACAAUUAAUUAGGAGUUGAAAGUAUACCGGAAAUCAACAAAACAUAAAGUAUAUCUUCUCUAUCAUGAGAUAAAGAAAUCUUGAACUUGUGCUCAGUCACAGCCUAUAUUAUAUCCCACACUCAUACAAAUAUCACUGAUCAGUCGAUUUCGAACAACUGACUCCUCGGCUCUUUUUUCUUCUUUUUUUUUGUCGACCCCGCCUUUCAUUUUUACUUUAUAUAUAAUACGACAAACUUUCCUAUUUCAAAACAGUUCUUCUUCUUUUGAUUCCUCCUCCUUUUUUUCAAAAAUAAUAGUGUAUACAUUUUUGAGGUUGAAUGCACGUAGAAAUAUAACUAGUCACGUGUUUCGCUCCGCCCAAUUGAUUAUAUAAAUAUGUUUUUUUCAACCUUUUUUAUUGUUCCUAAUAGCCUCUUCUGAUAAGAUAAACUGAUGAUUUCUAGUUCUGAUUUUCUAAGGUUGUCACGUAAAAAAGAAAAAUUUUGAUCUAUUAAACUUUUUGAUUGUCACACAGAAAAAAGGUUUAAAUUUAUUUAGUACACAUUUUGUGAAAAACAAACAAGAAUUUUACCUUUUUUUCAAAAAGAAAAGAGAAAAAUUCCCGUUCUGAGACCAAACCAUCAAUACUUCUCUUUUAUCUUUACUACUAAUUUUUGUCCCACAUAUGAUUUCCACAUGUUUUGUUUUUACUUUUCAAACACACGCAAACAGUUUUCAUUUUUUUUUAUUUUUGAAUUGAUAACGAGGAGCAAUUUGAGGUCAAUGUACAAUUGAAAGGCAAUUUCAUUGAAAAGAGAUUAGAGCAGUCCACACGUGACUGACUAAAAGUGUAAUGCUGUCUUGAUUUUUGUUCUUAUCAAAUUAAGAAGUGGACUAUUUAAAUUGGUCGGUACAAAUACUUGCUUAGUGUUCAUGUAUUCCAAUAUUUCUUGUUUUUUUUUUCGAAAAAUCUUUGGUCAAAAGUCCAAAUUCCAACUAACUCCAUGUGAUCACAAAAUAAAACAACAUACAUUUUUGUUUUGUUUACAUAUUUUUGUCUGUCUGUCCUCACGUGUUCUUUUUUAUUUCAUUUCAUUGUAUUUCAUUCCGUCUUCUUUUUUUGUAUACAUUUUUUUAUUCAAUUUCUUCGUUUUUUUCCAGAACAGAAAACAAUGACUCUUUCAUUUCGUGUCAAUCCAGAAUAUGCUGAAAUAUCAGAAAUUGUUCCGGGUCUUUUUAUUUGCGGAGUUUCGAGUUUGACAUCAGAAGUGAUGAAGAAACAUAAAAUAACUCAUAUUAUAAAUGCAACCACAGAAGUUCCGAAUUUGAGAAGUUUAGGAGAUAUUCAAAGAACAAAAUUAUGGUUGGAAGAUACACCGCAAACUUAUAUUUAUCCACAUUUGGAACUACAAUCUGAUCAAAUUCAAGCAUUGAUUGCUGAUGGUGGAAAAGUUCUAGUUCAUUGUGUUGCUGGUGUUUCAAGAUCUGCUUCAAUUUGUUUGGCAUUUCUAUUAAAAUACAGGUAAGAUAUUAUAUUAUGACAUAAUUAAAGUAACCAAAAAAACAGAACAUAUCAAUAGUUCAAGUGUCAUUUUUUUUUGUUAUUGAUAAGAAUUAGAGUUUGGUCGCUUAUCAGAUGAUAAAUCAUAUUUUCUUUAGAUGUCGAAGUCUCCGCGAUGCUUACCAUCUUAUGAAAUCAAAAAGACCAAUGGUUCGACCAAAUCUUGGAUUUUGGAGACAAUUAAUUGCAUACGAGCAAAAUAUAAAAGAGAAUUCUGGAUCAGUUCGAUUAGUUCGAGAUGAAGCACAACCAGAUAAUUUAUUGCCUGAUGUUUAUUUGAAUAUUGCAAUUCCACCAAGAGAACCAACAAAUCAAGAAACAAAUACAAAUGAUGAACCAAGAGAAAAAAGAACAUCAAGUAUCAAAAAUAAAUUCCGACCAGUUUUGGAACCACUUGUUGAAUUGGCUGAAGCUGUUUGUUAA